CAAGAUGGAGAACAAACGUAUUCAAUAUUUAUUGAUUUUUACAGUAAUAUUUGCAAUUGCAGAAUGCAAAGUGUUUACAAGGUGUCAACUGACAAGAGAACUUCUAAGGAAUAACUUCCCAAGAACUUUUAUCAGCAACUGGGUGUGCAUGAUAGAACAUGAAAGCGAUAGAAAUACCGCGGCAGUUGUUACUAAAUCUUCAAGAAAGAAAUUUUACGGACUGUUCCAAAUAGGAAGCGAAUUUUGUAAAGAGGGUCGAAAAGGUGGAAAAUGUGAUAUUACUUGUGAAGCUCUCCUAGAUGAAGACAUUAAAGAAGAUAGCUUGUGUGCACAAAAAGUUUUUGAUCAGGAAGGUUUUAAAUAUUGGUCCAAAUGGGGGACAAGGUGCAAAGGACAGACUUUACCCGAUGUUGAAAAAUGUCCAGAAUGGCUUAAUCUGUAAACAAUUUAUCAAACACAAUUUUAAAUAUAAAUAUUUUUAUCAUUAUUAAAAAC